AUGACACCAUACAUGUCUCUUAAUCACUCAUCGUAUGUGGGAAAACCACCGAGUGAACUGGAAGCCUCUCGUGGGAAAUCUGUGGUUGAUUUCACUGGCCGUUUAAUUAAUGGGAGUUUACGAUAUCGUACGUCUGAUGAGCUACAAUCAACUUUCUCAACACCGCCUCCACGGAACUCUCGAAAACGUGACAAAGACUCUGAUGAAUGUUCAACAACCUGGGCUUCAAGGUUAAAGCAACUUCCAUGUUAUCUACAGCUGCCUCCUAUAUCUCUACCUGCUCGACUAGAUGCAGUGGCUAUCGACUAUCUCCGAGAGCAUUCUCUUUCUCCCCCGAAGGCGAUCGAAGAUCGUUCUAAAAUUCUUACAAACUAUCUGUGGUCGCGCCCUCUUAUGUCUGAGGAAAAAGUUAUCCUUAAAUCGUCGAAAAUUGAGGACUCAGGGGACUUGGAUUCAUGGGAUGAAGACGAAGGUCUGAUGUUUGCUCUGAAGAACUUUACUUCUCAACGUGAAGCCCAAAUUAGUAGAGAAUUGGAUUUUAAGUCAUGGAAAUCACUAAGUUACUCUGGGCAUACUUGUGAGCUGUACCUUGUCUCACGUUUGGCACCCAACUUUGCUACCGUUUGCCGCGUCUUGUACGAAAUCCGUAAACGAUGCCCAAGUUUUAUUCCAAAGUCAUUAUUUGAUUUUGGCUCUGGGCUCGGAACAGUCACCUGGGCGACAAACACAGUCUGGCCAGUUGGUUGCGUACGCCAUCAUUAUCUGGUGGAACCAUCAUUACAUAUGACACGAAUAUCGGAGUUUAUGUUUCAAAAGCAGGGGAGUGUUCAACCCUCUGAAUUUGUGUUUCCUGGUGUUUACCAUCGCCGCUUCAUGCCUAGUACCAAGAAUCAAUAUAAUUUGGUAGUCUGUGCUAACACUUUACUGGAAAUCCCAUGCAAAUCUUCUCGUUCACGUGUUAUUUCAUCAUUGUGGGAGAAAACAACUGAUUUUCUGAUCUUUAUUGAACAAGGAACAAAGUCCGGAUUUCAGGCAAUACUUGAAGCAAGGGACUUUUUGCGCACAAAUGGGGGACCUGAUGUUCAUAUUUUCAGUCCAUGUCCUCAUGUGCAGACUUGUGGAAAAAAGGAUUCCAACUGUAACAUUGUUGUACGAUAUUACAACUUUGGAUUAACGCGAUUCAAAAGUGAACCGUCUAGCGAGCUCAUUUCUUAUUUGGUUGUAUCAAAGGGGGAUUGGCGAAGACAUCAAGUCCCAGUCGUAAAACCUGAACCUGACCAAUUGCCUCGGAUUGUUACUCAUAAACUAUUCAAACAUGAUCAGCCCAUUCACGAUAUAUGUAUGCCUUCCGGUGCAGUUGAACGUGUUCUAUUCCCUAAACAACAGACUGAUGCCAACUAGGAAAAUUCCCGUUCACAUUAAAGAACUUUUGAAACUACUUUAUACGGAACAGAAAACAUGGAAUCUGGGACAGAUGUGUACCGGGUUCAAGUUAAUACAUCCCACAGGAAAUAAAUAGGAAUCAAAGCAAACGUGUGAAAAUGGCGUCGAGGAUAUCAGUAAAUGACCAUAAAUAAGCAGAAAAGUAAUUUGAAAAAUAAAGGAAAUUAAAAAAGAGAAACCUAUAAAAUCAUUCUGCGUUCAAGAUUUACUGGCAAAUAACGAAUAAACUUAUGUGUCAAUGUAAUUUCCCACAAACUAACUGACUAUAUAUGUCUAAAACCAUGUCCUCGUCACUAUUUUGUUUCAUAGAGGUCUAUAUUACUACAUGAAACAAGCACAUUCUGGUGAUAUCGUCCCUGCUGAAGUGGUGGCCACAAAUGAAUCAGAGCAUAUGAUUGAGUGUGUGAACGAAGAAGAUAAAGAAAAUAAACCGUCUUCAUAGAGUUGUUGAUAUUUUUUACCGAAUAUUAGUGAUGCCAUUUAGUGUAAAUGCAUGUAAAAGUGAAUCCAGGAAUAAUUUAUAUGCAGUUACGUUAAUAAUAUAACAAACAAAUGUGUGUUACAUUCUGUACAAAGUCAAUUACUCCCUCAUCCUUUAUUUUUUUUGUUAUUUGUUUCAAGAAAGCAACUUAAGUUUGUGUAUGGAUAUAUUCGUUCAAUAAAUUUUUAAUGAAGUUAUUUUUUAUGUGAUUUUGCAAGCUAAUGCAUAGAUUAAUGUGAUGAACUGCAGUCUGCUUGAUAUAAUUCGAAUAGAAUCUGUAAUUUAACUAAUUUGUUUGAAAAAUUCAUAAUUUAUGAUUGCAUUCCCAAAUAGAUCGUCUAGUUAUCCAGAUUAUUAAGAAUGUCUUGGGAACAUAGUUUGAAAGGCGCUCUUAGAAUUUUUCCUGUUUAUCAAGCAUAUAAGGAUACAGGACAAAAUGCUGUUGUACUUUCAUGUUACGUUUUUCGUUGGUGAAAACGAUUGUAUGCUUAUGAAUUUA